AUGAAAAACUUGUUUCGGGGUCCUGCCAUGGAAGAAUCCAAACGACCUUUACCAUCUAUUAUUGAGGUAAAUGUAAAUCCAAAGGAUUACUGGGAAAUUGUUGGAGAGCUCGGCGAUGGUGCUUUUGGAAAAGUUGAAAAGGCUGUCUCAAAAACAGACAGGAAUUUGUAUGCGGCUGCUAAAGCCAUUGAAGUUCAGGAGGGAGAGCAAUUGGAGGACUUCCUCGUUGAGAUAGACAUAUUGACAUCAUGUAUCCAUGUGAACAUUGUCAAACUGUAUGCUUGCUAUUUCUAUGAAAACAAGCUUCACAUGAUGCUAGAGUUCUGCGGAGGCGGCGCUGUUGAUGCAAUCAUGAUAGAGUUAGAAAAGCCACUUACAGAAAAGCAGAUUGCUUAUAUUGCGAGGUAUACAUGCGAAGCAGUAGCUUUUCUACAUGAUUGCAACGUCAUUCAUCGCGAUCUCAAGGCCGGCAACAUUCUUCUUACCAGUGAUGGAAUAGUGAAGCUAGCUGAUUUUGGAGUUUCCGCAAAGCUCAAAGAUAGAAAUGAGAGGAGGGACACUUUCAUCGGCACACCAUAUUGGAUGGCUCCAGAAGUUAUGAUGUGUGAAACGUUUAAAGACCAGCCUUAUGAUACCCGCUCUGACAUUUGGUCUUUUGGCAUCACUCUCAUCGAAAUGGCGCAGAUGGAGCCUCCUCACUCCAAUGUACGUUGCCGCUUGCAUCUGAACAGUUCUAUCUUCAAGCCUUGA